AGAGAGAGAGAGAGGGAAACAGAAAAAUCUCGUAAUGUCUCUCUUCUUGUUCUCCAUUUAGUGAACUCGCGGCGUUUCGCAGAUAAUGUCCGAGAAUGUCCAUUUCUGGGACUUUGAGCAACUAUUACGUGGACUCCAUCAUAAGUCACGAGAGCGAUGAACUCUCAACCCCGGCUCGCUUUCCCAGCGUCCAGUAUUCCGGCUCGAGCUCCGCGGCAGCCGCUGGCGGAAGGCAGCCCGGCGGCGGCGCGGCGCACGCGGAGCAUCCCCAUCCCGAGUCGUAUCCAUCCUGCAGCUUCCAGCCGAAGCCCCCGGUCUUCUCAUCGUCCUGGAGCCCGUUCAGUCCGCACCACGGUGCCAGCGGCCUCCCUACUGUGUACCACCCUUACAUCCCAGCCCAGCACGUGCCCGCCGCAGACACACGGUACCUACGCUCAUGGCUGGACUGCGCACCGCGCGGCACCGAGUCUGUCCCGGGGCAGGGCCAGACGGGGCAGGUCAAGCUGGAGCCUCAUCUCGGCCAUCUCGGCGGGGAGAUCCCACCCAAAAUCGGCGGACAGCACCAGCACGAGACCACUACGUACAUCUUGGAGUCGACGUCCACGGCGGCGCGCGAGCUAAGCCACCACCAUCCGGCAGCCAUCCCCGGAGCUGGGUUCGAAGAAAAUAAGGACAUUUGUGAAGGGAGUGAGGACAAAGACGGCCUGGAUCAAAAUGACCCCUCGGCCAACUGGCUGCACGCGCGCUCCUCCAGGAAGAAGCGGUGCCCGUACACCAAAUACCAGACGCUCGAGCUGGAGAAGGAGUUCCUGUUCAACAUGUACCUCACGCGGGACCGGCGGCAUGAGGUGGCGCGCGCGCUCAAUCUGACAGAGCGGCAGGUGAAGAUCUGGUUCCAGAACCGGCGGAUGAAAAUGAAGAAACAGAGCAAGGAUCAAUCCAAGGACUAGCUGGACUCUCUCUCGCUCUCUCUCACACACACACUUACACACACACACACACACACACA